AUGCAGUUCACUGUGGUAGCAUUAUGUGCAAAACAUACUGAAAGGAGACAUCACAGACACAAAACCAACAAGACGAGACUCUGGUCCCAAUCAAUCGGGCAGAAUGAGUACUCUGAAGAGAUAAACUGCGCGCCAUUCCCUUCCUUCUUAAAAAUUGAGUUCCAUAACACGUAUUGGCAGACGCUACGCAGCAGCAACGGCACGUACCACAUGUAUGGCGCGUACUUGGAUACACGUGUCAUGACCUACCAAGGGGUGAAUGCUAAACGAAACAAAUCAAGCUUCGCACCCUCCGUGCGUAUCAUCACCGUGCUCAACCGUUUCCGACCGAAUGUUACAAUAUUUUGUCAAUUGAGGUUCGCGGAGCAAGCAGAAUCUGUAAUAGUGCGCACCCUCCCGUACCUGUACAUGUGGAGAAACAAAUGGGGCCGGCACGGUAACGGCACGUGGCAGCCGUACUUAAUCACGUGCGUGCUGCCUUCGGUCGUGCGCGGCCUGGUGCCCGCCUCCGUCAGCCUGGUGGAACGGCCGUGCGACCGCGCCACCAACAACCUAAGCGUAUACUACGAUGCACCCCUCCAACGUCACAGGCACGAAUUCGCCGUCUGCGUCAAGGAACUCGAUUUUCUUCACAAAGAUAAAUCAGUGCGCCUAGUCGAAUGGAUCGAACUCGUACGUCUGCUCGGCGCACACAAGAUUUUCAUCUAUAAGUUACGGGUACAUCGCAACAUAUCCAUGGUAUUGAAAUACUACGAGUACCUCGACGUCGUUUCUGUUAUUCCCACCACCCGGCCGGAUCACACUGGGCCAAAGGAUAAACCAGUGCAGUUGAUUGCUUACAACGACUGUCUGUAUCGCAACAUGUACCUAUACCAGUGGCUCGUGCUUCUCGACAUCGACGAGGUGAUCAUACCGUUGAGGGACAAGAACUGGAGCUCGCUGAUGCGGCGGGUACUGCCGCUGUCCACACCGGCGCCAGGCAAGCGUCGUCGAUCCUCUUACUACGCGUCCAACCUAUUAUUUUUGGACUCUCUGCAGCAAAAUCACAGCUGGCAGGAUGCUGUACCAUGUUACAUGCACAUGUUGCAACACGUAUACCGAACGCGUGAGUUCACCAAACGCACACACUACGUGAAGGCAUUCCACGAGACGGAUCGCGUGUUGACGCUACACAACCACUUCCCGGUGAAUUGCCUGGGUGAAAGGUGCUCGUCGUACCCGCUGCCCACGAAACUGGCGAGGCUGCAGCACUACCGAGCUGAAUGCUUCAAGCCGCUUUCCCAGAUCUGCAAAAAGCUGAUCAAGCAGCCGGUUCGUGACCGAACGCUGUGGCGCUGGCGCGAUCCAUUGGUGAUGCGCACCAACAAAGCAUUGCGUGCACUCAUACAUGGCAAUAUAAUUUACAAUAAUACAACGUGUAUAAUGACCACUCACCGCCCCGCACCAAUUCGAAUGUCUUCACGUCUCCUUCGACUCAGAAGAAAGCCGACUCAGACACCAAACAUGCUCGUGUCCAAUUAUUUGAUUUCGGCUUGA